AAGAUUACUCUCGUCCAGCAGUGCAACGAAAUGCCAUGUCCGGCAGAAUGGAAGGGUCUACCUUGGUCUGAGUGUUCCAGAACAUGUGGCGGGGGUUUCAUGACAAGGGAGCUUGAGUGCAUACGGACAGACGAGGCUGGUCAUAUCGUACCAGCUGCUAGAGAACUAUGUCGUCAUGCCAUGAAACCAGUCACUGAGGCUGUUUGCAACACAGACAAACACUGCGAUCCUCCUCCGGAAAUUCAAGUGGCAUGUUUCUACGGUGCUGAUAAUCUUCAAGAAGUACUCCAUGAUUUUACCGAUGAAAUUGAAUGGGACAACACAAAUGCAGUUGUCAAGAAGUGCGCGAGAUUGGCUCAUGAAAAAGAUUACAAGCUUUUUGCCAUGGGUCAAAGUGGCCUAUGUCUAUCUGGACCAGACACUACUGACAGAUAUUACGUCGGUGGAACUGAUGGAUCGAAGUGUAAAGAUGGUAUUGGCAUGGGAAACAGCAUGUUUGUGUACACGCUAGAGCCUCUUCCAAGCAUUCAACCAAUUGGAUGUUACCAUGACAAAUAUGAUGAUCGUGCUCUGCCCGUAGAUUACGCUAAUUUCCGAUCACAGAUUAUUUGGACAAGAAUGAAUCUGACGGUAAACCAGUGCGCACAGGUGGCUUUUGACAAAGGGUAUGAAUACUUUAGUGUUCAGUUCUACGGAGAGUGCUUCGGCGGAGAGGAUGCUGGGACAAUGUACUCCAAAUAUGGAAAAAGCGGUAACUGUUGGGUAUUCAAUGAUCAAAACGGACAUGCAGUUGGAAGUGAUUUGACCAAUUUUGUCUAUCAAUUUCAACAGGUUGGUAUGCUGAAAAAAGCUAGAGUUAUCUGGGCUAAUUCUUCAGAAAUGUAA